AUGAGGCCUGAGAACCAGAGCAGCGUGUCCCAGUUCCUCCUCCUGGGGCUCCCCAUCCUGCCAGGGCAGCAGAGCGUGUUCUUCACCCUGUUCCUGGGCAUGUACCUGACCACGGUGCUGGGCAACCUGCUCAUCAUCCUGCUCAUCAGGCUGGACUCUCGCCUGCACACGCCCAUGUACUUCUUCCUCAGCCACUUGGCUCUCACUGACAUCUCCUUCUCCUCUGUCACUGUCCCUAAGAUGCUCAUCAACAUGCAGGCUCAGCAACAAUCCAUCCCCUAUGGGGGAUGCAUUUCUCAGUUAUAUUUUUUCAUAGUUUUUGGUUGUCUUGACAACUUCCUUUUGGCUGUGAUGGCAUAUGACAGGUACGUGGCCAUCUGUCACCCUCUGCACUAUUCCACAAUCAUGAGUCAGGCACUGUGCACAUUGCUGGUGGCUGGCUCCUGGAUGGCUGCCUGUGUUCAUGCUCUUUUUCAUACCCUCCUCUUGGUCCCACUCAUGAGGCCUGAGAACCAGAGCAGCGUGUCCCAGUUCCUCCUCCUGGGGCUCCCCAUCCCGCCAGGGCAGCAGGGCGUGUUCUUCACCCUGUUCCUGGGCAUGUACCUGACCACCGUGCUGGGCAACCUGCUCAUCAUCCUGCUCAUCAGGCUGGACUCUCGCCUGCACACACCCAUGUACUUCUUCCUCAGUCACUUGGCCUUCUCUGACCUUUCUCUCUCCUCUGUCACUGUCCCUAAGAUGCUCAUGAACAUGCAGACUCGGCAACAAUCCAUCCCCUAUGUGGGGUGCAUUUCUCAGUUGUAUUUCUUCAUAUUUUUUGCUGGUGUUGACAAUUUCCUUCUGGCAGGGAUGGCAUAUGACAGGUAUGUGGCCAUCUGUCACCCUCUGCACUAUACCACCAUCAUGAGGGAGGGGCUGUGCGUGCUGCUGGUGGCUGGGUCUUAUAUGGUUGCCUGUGUCCAUGCACUUUUUCAUACCCUCCUCUUGGUCCGCCUGUCCUUCGGUGCCCACAAUAUCAUCACCCACUUCUUCUGUGAGCUCACUGUGCUGCUGAAGAUGAGCUGCUCAGACAUCUCCCUCAAUGAGCUGGUCCUAUUCACUGAGGGAGGAAUGCUUUACUUCCUGCUUUUGUGUGUUACUUUAGGCUCAUAUAUCUGCAUAGGAACCAUCAUGCUGAGGGUGCCCUCCACUAAGAGACUCUCUAAAGCCUUUUCUACCUGUGGUUCCCAUCUCUCUGUGGUGUCUUUAUACUAUGGGACAGCUGCAGGUGUUUACUUUUCCUCCUCAUCAUGGGGUUCUAAAGACAUAAUUGCUUCAGUCAUGUAUACAGUAGUUACCCCCAUGCUGAACCCCUUCAUAUACAGCCUGAGGAACAGAGACAUAAAACAGGCCUUAGAGAUGUGUGUCAAUAGGGUUAAGUUCUUUAACUGGUAA